AUGAAAAUGUCCAAAAUACCAUUCAAGAAUGAUGGAAGUUUUAUGGAAUUGUUCAAGCAAAUGCAAGCUGAACAAGAAAGAGUGUCUAUUGAAAAGCCUGUUAUUCCGAAUGUAGUAAAGGUAGAAAAUACGGAUGAAUUUGACAGCAAGCAGUGCAAAGUGGAGAGUGAAACAGUUAUUCCCGAUGAUUCAAAGGUUUUGGUGGCAAUCGAAUCGUUGGUCCUACGUGUUUCUGGUAUGUCCCACAGUCUUUGCGAAGCAGAAAUAAAGAAGUUUGAGGAUAGCAUACAAUAUUGGUUCCUGACGCUUCCAGAGACUAAUGAAUACAAGUUCUUUAGAAAAAGAUUGGCUGAUGUUCGUAAGCAAAAGACACCCAGUAGUUCAGUCAAACCUGAAACUGUAGAUAAUUGCAAAUCAGAAAUUGAUGAAUUUAUCCCCACCAAAAGACGUCGCUCCAGAUGGGACGAAGAAACCAAUGAACCUAAAAUAAAUGGAUCAGUAAAAGAUUUCCCGGAUGGCUCUUUGGCUUCUGCGAUUGCACUAGCAAAAGCUGCUGCAGCUGCUGCAAAAACUCAAGGAACUACUUCUAAUCCAAAUCAGUUCACAGGCGGUGUUGUACUUACACCUGAGCAAGCUGAACAAAUAAGAUAUCAAAAGGAACUUCAAGCUAUGCAAGAGUUUAUUUUAGCACAAAAACGAUCAAAGUCUAAAGAGGAAGAACUUAUGAAUCGAAUUGAGGGUGUAAAUUAUGGAAAUAAAACAAGAAUUACGAAGGAUGGUUUAGUUAUCAAAUAUGAGUAUGAUUCCGACGAGGACUGUGAAAAUGGAACAUGGGAGCAUAAAUUAAGACAAGCGGAAAUGGAGGCAACCCGAGAAUGGGCUCAGAAAUUAACUGAAAUGGGUCAUGGAAAGCAUCAUAUUGGGGACUUUCUACCACCGGACGAAUUAGAGCGUUUCAUGGAAACUUUCCGUGCAUUGAAAGAAGGUCGGGAACCGGAUUUUUCUGAAUACAAACAGUUCAAGUUAACUUGUGAAAAUGUCGGUUUUCAAAUGUUAGAAAAAAUGGGUUGGAAAGAAGGUGAAGGACUUGGCAUUGAUGGUCAAGGUAUUGUUAAUCCAGUCAAUAAGGGGAAUGUCCACGUUGAUGGUGUAGGACUAGGAAUUGAUCGUCCUUCCAAAUUAAUAAAAGAAGAUGAUGAGUACGAUGCAUACAGGAAACGUAUGAUGUUAGCUUAUCGGUUUCGACCAAAUCCUUUGAACAAUCCUCGACGAGACUACUAUUGA